CGUGAUGCUCCGGGAAACGUCUGCCUGGCCUAGUGGGAGCCCAGCAUGAUUUCCAGGGGAAAUCUAAGUUUACUUCAAGGCGUUCGAAAUGGGGAAAGACUAUUAUGGCAUUUUGGGAAUUGAAAAAGGAGCUUCAGAUGAAGAUAUUAAAAAGGCUUACCGAAAACAAGCCCUCAGAUUUCAUCCCGACAAGAACAAAUCUCCUCAGGCAGAGGAAAAAUUUAAAGAGGUCGCUGAAGCUUAUGAAGUAUUGAGAGAUCCUAAAAAGAGAGAAAUAUAUGAUCAGUUUGGGGAGGAAGGGUUAAAAGGCGGAGCAGGAGGUGCUGAUGGACAAGGAGGUACCUUUCGGUAUACCUUCCAUGGAGAUCCUCAUGCCACCUUUGCAGCAUUUUUUGGAGGUUCCAACCCAUUUGAAAUUUUCUUUGGAAGACGAAUGGCUGGUGGUGGUAGAGAUAAUGAAGAGAUGGAAAUAGAUGGAGACCCUUUUGGUGCCUUUGGAUUCAGCAUGAAUGGAUAUCCAAGAGACAGGAAUUCUGUGGGGCCAUCCCGUAUCAAACAAGAUCCUCCAGUUAUUCAUGAACUUAGAGUGUCACUUGAAGAAAUAUACAGUGGUUGUACCAAACGGAUGAAGAUUUCUCGAAAAAGAUUAAAUCCUGAUGGGAGGAGUUACAGAUCUGAGGACAGAAUUCUCACCAUUGAGAUUAAAAAAGGGUGGAAAGAAGGCACCAAAAUUACUUUUCCUAGGGAAGGAGAUGAAACACCAAAUAAUAUUCCAGCAGACAUUGUUUUUGUUAUCAAAGACAAAGAUCACCCCAAAUUUGAAAGAGAUGGAUCAAAUAUAAUUUAUACUGCCAAAAUUAGUUUACGGGAGGCAUUGUGUGGUUGCUCAAUUAAUGUGCCAACAAUGGAUGGAAGAAACAUACCUAUGUCAAUAAGUGAUAUUGUGAAACCUGGAAUGAGGAGAACUAUUGGAUAUGGGCUGCCAUUUCCAAAAAAUCCUGACCAACGUGGUGAUCUUUUAAUAGACUUUGAUGUGUCCUUCCCAGAUACUAUAUCUUCUUCAUCCAAAGAAAUUCUUAGGAAACAUCUUCCUGCCUCAUAGAGUGAAGAACUUUGUUAUCCAUAUUUUGAUAAGACACUGAAAAUAUAAAAAGACUGGCAGUUUACUGAUACAGAUGUGAAUUCUGUAUAAAGAUGUGUAAAUUCUUUUGAGAGCUGAUAAAUUGCAUGAAUAAAGACGGGUCAAAUAUAUAGGCAAAAGGGAUUUUUACAGUUAAAGUGAAAACAAUUCACUAUAUUUUCUUUUUCCCUAAAUCAGAAAUUUUUAGUAUUUUAGUUAUAUGUAAAAGUUGGU